CGCAGUCAUGAUCGCCGCUGCGGCCGCGGUCCCCGCCUCGCCGGGAGGCGCGGGGGAGCCGGGGCGCGGGGAGCCGGCGUGGCCCUGGAAGGACGCCCCGCUCGGGACGCUGGUGCGGCGCAUCCUGCAGCUGCAGGCUGAGCGCGCCCAGGCCUUCCGCCGGCUGGAGGGCGCCCACCGCGAGUACCUGCGCAGCGGCCCGCACUACGACUUCCCGCGCUACCGCAACGCCGUGCACGAGGUGACCCAGGCCUUCGCCGCCGCCUCGCGGGAGGUGCUGGCGCUGGAAGCCGCGCUGUCCGGGCCUCGCGCGCAGCCGCUGCUCGCCGGCCACGUGCGCCGCCUGCAGCAGCUGGAGCAGACGCGCCUGGCCGCGGUGGCCCAGCUGCAGCUGCUGGGGGCGCCGGAGCUGACCGGAGGGCAGGACACUCAGCAGGCGCAUCAGCUGAGAAUGAAGGUAAUUAAAACCAUGGACGCGAUCAGCGAGGUUCUGCAGGACCUCAGGUUUGAUGCGGAGUCUGCCGAGUGACGGCGCGUCCCCCGAGACGACGAGGGCGGGGGAGCGGGGCCCGCGCGGCCGGCCCGCGCCCUAAUAAAGCGCUUCCGCCAAGCCUU